AUGAGCUAUAGAUAUCCUCACGAGGAUGACUCGGACGAGAACGGCUUCGGCGACAGCCUGCAGCAGUCCUCGGCCGCUCAACCUCACGACUCCUCCGAUAGCGACGAUGACGUCUUCGAGCCGGCAACAGAGGUCACCGAGGAUGAUCACGACGAGGACGAGGACGAGGACGAUUCUGAUUACGAAGAUGAGGACGACGAGGACGAGGAUGAGGAUGACGAGGAUGCAUUCCACGAUGCCGAGACCGGCUACACCGUCGAAGUGGUCUAUGGAGGAUCAGAAGACAACGAGGAAGGUGACGACGAAGACAACGAGGGAACUCAGAGAGAACGAAGGCCGGUGACCAUCUCAAUCGGCAACCUUUUGGGACGCAUAGGGGCCCCUCAUCUCUCGGCCCAACAACUGAUGGCUCUCUUCCACAGCCGAGAUCUCGGCCACGUACUGUUCAACGAAGGCGGCGAGGACUGGCCGGGCCCCCGUCGGAGGCGGCAGCCCCCAGACCCAAACCGCUUCCCCAAGGUCCCUAGCGACAAGGGCACCGAACUCAUGAACUCGGGUGCGUUUGGAUCGACAGACAGGAGUGCUGCCCGGCAUAGGAAGAAACUCGCCCGCCGCAUCCUCGACCGGGAACUCGGCGUCGGCAACCCCCGGAUCAACCAGGCCGCCAUGGCGCAGGAGAUGAUCCCCACCUCGGAAGCGGACAUGAUCAUCCAAUACAACGCUCCCGUAUAUUGCGGGCAGUUCAGCGAGGACGGCAAUUUCUUCUACGCCUGUGUGAAGGACUUUAAAGUGCGCAUGUAUGACACGAGCAACCCUUACAACUGGCGGUAUUACAAGACGGUCAACUACCCCUGGGGCCAGUGGACACUCACGGAUGCACACCUGUCACCAGACAACAAGUGGCUGGCCUACACAUCUCUGCAGAGCCACGUGUGCUUCGCGCCGACGGACCCAAACGACAAAGGCGACCCCUACACGCUGGACCUUGGCAGCGGCGCGAGGGACACUGGAUGGGGAGGAUGGAGGGCACGGGGACACUUUGCCAUCUGGUCGAUCCGGUUCUCGGGCGACGGACGGGAGCUCAUUGCGGGCAACAAUGUGUCGAGCAUCAUCGUCUACGACAUCGAGUCGCGGCGCGUGCUGCACAACAUCCAAGGCCACGACGAUGACGUGAACGCUGUUUGCUUCGCGGACCCCAAAGAUCCACACAUUAUCUACUCGGGCUCGGACGACCAGGUCAUCAAGGUGUGGGACCGGCGGUCGAUGGGCGACGGGAGGGAGGCGGGCGCAUUUGUAGGGCACAUCGAGGGGCUGACGUACAUCGACAGCAAGGGCGACGGGCGCUACAUCCUCUCCAACAGCAAGGACCAGACCAUGAAGCUAUGGGAUCUGCGGAUGGCAAUGUCGACGGAGCGGUACGAGGACCUCAACCCGCGGCAGCACACGCAGCACACGGACUACGACUACCGCAUGGAGGACUACGACAUGGACAACUGGUUCCAGCACCCGGACGACAACAGUGUGGUCACCUUCCGCGGGCACAAGGUCCAGGGCACGCUCAUCCGGUGCCACUUCAGCCCGGCCGGGAGCACCGACUCGCGGUACGUCUACAGCGGCAGCCAGGACGGCAAGGUCUACGUGUGGAACAUGGACGCGACGCUCAAGUCCACCAUCGACGUGGCCAAGGCGACGGGCCAGGCAACCCGGAGGCACGGCGGCGGCGGCGGGAGGCGUGGCUGUGUGCGUGAGCCGUACUGGCACCCAAACGCGCCUGUCAUUGCUGCGUCCUCGUGGGGUGGAUUCGAUAGGAGCUACGGGUCGGUGUCGGUGCACUCGUGGAACGAGAACACCGAGGACGAUGUGGACGAUCCGAGGAUGGGCUGGAGUGUGAACGACCACCUAGGAGCUGAGAGUUUCGGGGUGGGAUAUUGA